AUGGGCAACACUGAGAAGUUGAUGAAUCAGAUCAUGGAUCUGAAAUUCACUUCAAAGAGCCUCCAGCGGCAGGCUCGCAAGUGCGAAAAGGAUGAAAAAACCGAGAAAUUGAAGGUCAAAAAGGCGAUCGAAAAAGGUAACAUGGACGGCGCCAGGAUCUACGCCGAAAACUCCAUUAGGAAACGUAGCGAGCAGAUGAACUACCUCCGGCUGUCCUCCCGGCUCGACGCCGUUGUGGCGCGGCUCGACACUCAAGCGAAGAUGACUACGAUCAGCAAGUCUAUGGGCAAUAUCGUCAAAUCGCUCGAGUCAUCCCUCGCUACCGGCAAUUUGCAGAAGAUGUCCGAAACUAUGGACCGAUUUGAACAGCAGUUUGUGAAUAUGGAGGUGCAGGCCGAGUUCAUGGAGAGCUCGAUGGCUGGAAGUACGUCGCUUUCGACUCCAGAAGGCGAUGUUAAUAGUCUUAUGCAACAGGUGGCGGAUGAUUACGGGCUCGAGGUGUCCGUUGGCCUGCCGCAGCCUGCUGCUCAUGCCAUUGCGACUAAAAACGACGAAAAGGUGGACGAGGAUGACCUUACGAGGCGCCUUGCAGAGCUCAAGGCCCGCGGGUAA